AGAGAGAGAGAGAGAGAGGGUCAGCGGCCAGCGGCCAGCAUUACUCAGAGAAGGUGAUCCAGCUGUCGGUGGUACAAGUUGAUUACAGACAGAUCGCCUUCUGCGAUCACAUCCACCAACAUGGGAGCCACAGCCAGCCACCUCGGGAAGGAUCUGCUGUCGGAGUACCAAGAGUUGACGUUUCUGACCAAGCAGGAGAUUCUUCUUGCCCACAAGCGGUUCACUGAACUGCUGUCCAGAGAGGAUAAAAACCUUCCAGACCCCAGGGCUCCGACAGAGGCCAUCCUCACGCUGCCCGAGCUCAAGUCCAACCCUUUCCGAGAGAGGAUUGUCCGUGUGUUCUCGACGUCGGAGUCAAGGGACGGUCUGACCUUUGAGGACUUCCUGGACCUUCUGAGUGCCUUCAGCGACUCGGCCACCCUGGAGAUCAAGUCCCACUACGCCUUCCGGAUCUUUGAUUUUGACGAUGACGGCACUCUGGACGAAAACGACCUGGAGAAGCUGGUGAACUGCCUCACCGGGGAGACAGACGACACCCGGCUCACCCCGGACGAGAUGAAGCAGCUCAUUAGCAAUAUCCUGGAGGAGUCUGACAUCGACAAGGACGGCACGGUGAACCUCUCCGAGUUCCAGCAUGUUAUUUCCAGAUCGCCAGAUUUUGUCAGUUCUUUCAAGAUUGUGCUGUGAAGAUGUGAAAGAGCUUUGGAAACAGAUCUACUGUGUGAUUCUAAUUCUAUACUUGCUCCUUUUCGAUAAUGUUAGGCAGUUUUUAAACAUGCAAAUACUUAAUUUAUUUUUCUGUGAUUUUUUUACUGUACAAUGUUGUGCAAUGCAAAGAUCUUUUUUAUCGUACUAUUUUUAACCGUUACUGAUCAAACUAAUAAUAAACUUGUGUAUUAAAGUUCCCUCAACAAUG